CUGUGCUGUAUCACUCGUCGUGACGCUUCUGCGCUGUGUGGAAGCAGGCAGUGUGAUGAUCCUCCUGCUAUCCUCCUUCUCUCCCCCUUCCCAGUCGCCCGCCGGCGCACCGCACAGCACAUCCCCAUUCAGCGAUGCUGCACAUACCACCGGGUCUCUAGCCGCUGAUCACCAGCCACACAAAGGAUUUCAACUCCGCCCUCGCACCGCGCCGGAGCUCUGAAGGAUACCUGUCCCUUUCUUGUUAUUUAUAGAACAUGAAAAAGAGGAUGCGGCAAGGUAGAAGCGAUACCUAGAAGAACCAAGCAUUGGCGUGGUCUCUCCGUCUGGAAGUGUCAAGAUUUUGAAUACAAUGAAUGAAGGGUUGCAGGCUAAUGUAAGCUGGCGUCCAGACCGUGCCACUGAGAAUGUCUCCGCCGCGGUGUCUUCACUGGACCCCAUCCUCAAUUCAGACCCCCAAAUCAUCGUCAACCCCUGGGACAUUGUUCUCUGCACUUCCGGGACCAUCAUCUCCUGCGAAAACGCCAUCGUCGUGCUGAUAAUAUUCCACAACCCCAGCCUGCGGGCCCCCAUGUUCCUCCUCAUCGGCAGCCUGGCACUGGCUGACCUGCUUGCAGGUCUGGGGCUGGUCAUCAACUUCAUCUUCACCUACCUGCUGCAGUCCGACUCGGCCAAGCUGGUCACCCUGGGGCUGGUCGUCGCCUCGUUCUCCGCUUCGGUGUGCAGCCUGUUGGCCAUCACUAUAGACCGCUACCUCUCCCUGUACUACGCGCUGACCUACAACUCAGAAAGGACCGUUACUUUCACCUACGUCAUGCUCGUCGUGCUGUGGGGGACCUCCAUCUGCCUGGGUCUGCUCCCUGUAAUGGGGUGGAACUGCCUGCGGGACGAGUCUACUUGCAGCAUCAUCCGGCCGCUCACCAAGAACAACGUGGCCUCGCUGUCCGUCUCCUUCCUGCUCAUGUUCGGGCUCAUGCUCCAGCUCUACGUGCAGAUCUGCAAGAUCGUGAUGCGCCACGCCCACCAGAUCGCCCUCCAGCACCACUUCCUCGCCACCUCGCAUUACGUGACUACCCGGAAAGGGGUCUCCACACUGGCCAUUAUCCUGGGGACAUUCACGGCUUGCUGGAUGCCUUUCACGCUCUACUCCCUCAUCGCCGAUUACACCUACCCUUCCAUCUACACCUACGCUACCCUGGUGCCGGCCACGUACAACUCCAUCAUAAACCCCGUCAUUUAUGCUUUCCGAAACCAGGAGAUCCAGAAAGCCCUGUGGCUCAUCUGCUGCGGGUGCAUCCCCGCCAGCGUGUCUCAAAGGGUGAGGUCGCCGAGCGAUGUGUAAUGUAACAGCCACGAUGGCAACACAAAUACCAGUAGCGAAACCAGCAAGCCACUGCUUUAUGUUUCUGGGGGAAUAUCUGACCAUGACUGUGUUAUUCUUUUGCUGAAAGGAGGCUUUAUAUGGUUUACAAAUUCAAUCCAGGUAGGAAACAAGUUAAGGGCUUAAGGUUUGGAUUGUAAAAGCGUUCCCGUCACUUCAUUGCAUACGGUUGCCAAUCAUGGUCCUGGAGGGGCCAUUCCACCCCUGGUCCUGCGGACAUCCGCUCUCAAGUUCCUGGGUGUAAAAAGACGCCAAUUGGCUUGUGGGAUCGGAGGACGCCCACUGAGCCUCGGGUCCCUGAGCUGUGUGGGGAAUCGCCCCGGUAAAGGAGAAAAAUAAUAAUAAUUGGGCAUUCCAAAUUGGGAGAAAAUUAAAAAUAAUUGAAGAUUCUAAAUUAAAAAAACAAACCUGGAGUGGAAUGGCCCUCUAGAUGCGUGAUUGGUCACCCUUGUGGAUAUGGCAACGUUAGCUUAGGUGUUACAAUACCCGGGCAUACCCAAGCAUCCAUGUUAUUAUUCACAUGGGGGGGCAGCUUCUCUUUCAUUGGGGGCUUAGCAUGCACUGCAGAUAUAUUUUAGAAAGCAAGGGAGCGAUGUGGAACUGAGCAUCACACUGCUGCACCGGGGACGUGCAGGGAAAGUGAAACCACAGCACGGAGAGCAGCUAAAAAUAGAAGCAUGCCUUCAUCACACUACAGCUUAGGAGACUUUCACAAAGAUUGCUCAGCCUACAUGCUUGUAAAUAUCCAUGGUAUACAAUCUAGGCCUAUAGAGAGAGAGAGCGAUAUUGGAAGGCCACACAUAUUGCAGCACAGUGUCCUGUUUAGCAAUGUGUAGAAAUAUAUAUAUUAGAACGUCCAGGUAUUUUGUUUUGCAAGUCGUAUUCAUUUUGAUUAAUAUUCUGUACCAUAGCUCAUGUACAAUAGACAUGCAUCUCUUUAAUGCUUCAUCCGAUUAUAACUGUUCUGUAAGAUGUGUAGCCUGUCAGCUACCCUUGAUAUUGGCUAACAUGGUUUCCUAUCAGAAUAUUAAUUUGCAUUCAAAUAACGUACUCAGACAUUUAGCGAAGCACAUUAGCUUACAGCACACAGUAUCAAACAGCACCCAGCUAACCAGGGCUGUAAAUAAGAGCUUGAGUACACUAUUGAAGAUGGGAAGCUGUUUGGAAAAUGUUUCAUUUUGCACUGAUGCAAGAAGCUGUGAAAAGCUGCCUGUCAGCCUGUCAGCCUGGUUUAAAGCCAGUAGGGAUUUAUAAAUCAAAAUAUGCCACACAGAUACAAUGUAAGCACACUUCUCGCAUUUGAAUUAUUGACUGGAGAGUUAGGUAGGAGUCCAAUGUGCAAUCCAGUUGUCUUUUAACAAGUCGAUUUUGAGCCAUUAAAUAUGUAUGUUCUUGAAAGAGCAUUUUAUAUUAAUUGUAAACAUACGCCUCACAUCUUAACUAGGCUGUAGUGUCGCAUCACCUUACACUGCAGUCCUGUUUAACAAGUGAAACGACAACACGACUGAACUCUGCUUUCUUCUCCUGUGAAUAAAAUAUAUCUAUUGUUUUUGCAAAUUCAUUUCUAUGCAGAGUUGAUUGCAACACUCAGUCAAAUGUUCAGUUAUGUAUUGGAUAAAAACUGAUCAAAUUUAAAUCCAUUGCUGGGAAGCCAUCCAGUACAGUACUGCCUCAUGAUGAAAAAGCACUUAUUACUUUUUCAAUUCACAACAUUAGAUCUGAUUUUUCUUUUUCUUACUCCAGUGUGUAUACACCCUUUUAUGCUACUAAAUAAAAUGAUGAUGAUAAUUACUCGACCUUGCUCUUGCACUCAGCGACUGGAGAAUGUUAGGCGGAACACAAUGCACAGCAAAGCCUUCCUUAAAACACAGGGAACACAAUGAGUUUAUCCUGCAUCAGCACGCACCAUGAUGUCGUCCCUCAAUUUCAGGAUUAUCAGAACAGAGCUUUCCAAACAGUUUGAGAAUCAGCAAUAACUCAAUAACCAGCAUUCAGAACGCUUCGAAAUUCUACUUGUACAGCUAGGACUGAAGGACUGAAGCAAAAUUAAAAUAGCAAUACAGUACUGCCAAUCAGUCAAACCAAAGGCAAUCAAUACUAGAUCCCUUCUUGAGCAAAACAGAUGAAGGGCCUGCAUCAAUUAGACCAUCGUUCUGAGCGCUAUUAAUAUACUGCGUAGUAUUAGAAUCAGAGACAGUACUAUUUUUACUUACACAAAGCACAUAUAUUUAACAUUGUGGUAAUCCAAUGACUCAGAGCCAGAACUCAGAUCAUAUCAAAGGCAGCUAUAUUAUAUCAGAAUGUUGAGCACUAUCAUGAAUUAGUCUCUGUACAGUCACAGUGCAGCUUGCUCUUCAGUGCAUGUUCCCCUGUACUAUACAGAGACCCCUGUUUCCUUGCGUAGACCUUUUCACAGCCAUCCAAACAUCUGAGGGUGUCAUCAAGCACCAGCUGAUAUCAGGAAGCAUUUCCAUGCACUUUACAAUGUGAUUCCAGGAUGGAGUGCAUUCUGCAUGAGCCUUGUGUUCAAGGCUUUGUGUGUAGCAGGGUGCACAUUUAUUACAGCACCCCAUUACUUCUGCAGUUCAGCAGUGUGCACAUGUAUUACAACACCCCAUUGCUUCUGCAGUUCAGCAGUGUGCACAUGUAUUACAACACUCCAUUGCUUCUGCAGUUCAGCAGUGUGCACAUGUAUUACAACACUCCAUUGCUUCUGUAGUUCAGCAGUGUGCACAUUUAUUACAACACCCCAGUGCUUCUGCAGUUUUGAUUUGUUGUGCAUAUGAAGUCAAACCACUGGAACUGAAAUUCUUGGAAAAUUGUCAAAAAAGGCAAAUUAGCAAUUGUCGAAUUUAAUUGAUUACUUUAAUAGGCCACACGUGCAAUUAAUUUAAAAUAGUAAGAGAAAAGGAACACUUAACCACAAACAGCGUUUUAGAAGUUGUUUAAGAUGCCUAAUUAAAGCACACAAGUGCCUAUUGUUUCUAUAUCACAGAUUACUGAGUGAAAAUGGAAAUCCGCCCCCCCCCCCGAGGUUUUCAUGCAGGUCGGUAUAUAAAGGAUAUCAAUGACACAUCUUGAGGUGUUCUAAUACAUUUUCACUCUGCUGUAUAUCAGUGUCGCUCACACAGACUCCAGCUGUCAGCCCCCUUGUUUGAACCCGGUCCCAGAGGGCUGCAGAAAUGAUCACAGGAUGAUGUCAGCUGUCAUUCCAGGGGGGGAUAUUGACACUACAAAAUGGUUUCUAAGCACUAGACAUGCAUUUUUAACUGCUUUACACACUCACAGCUCCCUCAUUGCUUUGGAGAAGUUCACUGGAAAUGUUUCGUAACGGAAGGCUUUCUUUUCCACUGGGACGGAGGCAGGCACAAACAAAGGCGUACCUUGAUGGAAAAAACAUAUUGAAGCACAGAACACUUGUCAGUUGCCUGAAAAACAUAAUUGUCAGUGGCUUGCUGGUUCUUUCCAGGCUGAUUCAGGGCACAUGACUGAUGUAUUCAAUGUUAAUCUGACGCAAGGGGCUCUGCUGCAGUAACCUCACCUCCUAGAUUGUAAUGACCCUCGUUAAAGGCAUAAUGCUCAAAGGGAAGAUCCCCUUUCCCUGUGAUGUCAUGAGAGAGCUGGACAGUAACCUCGCCACCUAGAUUGUAAUGACCCUCGUUAAAGGCAUAAUGCUCAAAGUGAAGAUCCCAUCUCCCUGUGAUGUCACAAGAGAGCUGGACAGUAACCUCGCCUCCUAGACUGUAAUGACCCUCGUUAAAGACAUACUGCUCAGAGGGAAGAUCGCCUGUCCCUGUGAUGUCAUGAGAGAGCUGGACAGUAACCUCGCCUCCUAGAUUGUAAUGACCCUCGUUAAAGACAUACUGCUCAGAGGGAAGAUCCCCUGUCCCUGUGAUGUCACGAGAGAGCUGUGCAUUCUCUCUAUAAUAACAGAAUCUCGGCAAGUGUACAAUGCACUGUUUCUCUAGCAGUGAAGAGCUUACAGGUUCUGCCCAGGUUCAAUGGGAAUGGUGGACGCCGUACCCCAGGAGAUUUGUAGCAUUCUGCAAGCUGUUCUGGGCAUUCAGACCUGAAGUAUAAAGAAAGUGAAAUGGAGCACAAACUUCCAUUCAGACCUGAAGUAUAAAGAAAGUGAAAUGGAGCACCCACUUCGUGAAGCUGUAUCGAUUGCUGACGUGUUCAGUUUAAAUGCAGUGCUGUACUACAACACUGAGAAGCAGGAUUCUUAACUGUGGACAAGGGAUUAGAGCAGAAGGAGUCAGGACUGAGGAAUACACACCUAAAGAAAAAGAAAAAGAAUUAUGUGAUGCAAGUCAAGUGGACAUCUCGUUGGGACACAGGUCAAUGUGUGUACGGAUUUAUCCAGUAGGGCCACAGGACAGAAGCAAACUGAGCACAAAGGGAUCAAUUGAUAGUUGGAUGGGUCAUUAUAUUGAAGACAGCUGGACUGGAUGGAGUUCUGUGCGAAUCCCUUUGCUUUGCGGAGCAGUCACUGGUUCACAUUGAUUGUGCAUCACAGAAAAGCCGUCACUGAGAAAGGAAAUUCUGUACAAUUCAAUCUGAAGGAUGCCACAAGCCGACCUGCUGAUGUGGUCGUCUAACUGAGACACUUAAUAUACACAACCAGCCAGCUCCUCCAGAACAGCUGUCAAUGUGCUUUCAUCUUGUGAAAACUUCAGAAGAGCUCAUUUGGGGAUGGAUAUCCCACCUCAAUAAUGUGAAGGCCUCCCUUCUGCAAACCAUGGAAGGGAAAGGGCUUCAUUUCGUGCAUAGACAUUUACCCUUUGAAUUGAAUUGAAAGUUAAAGCAAGUGUAGUCACAUCAUAAGAAUGGCAAACACAUGGUAUUAGACUCUUGGAUAAGUUACCUGAACAAAAGCAGGUAGCGUGUUAUUGUGAGUGUCAUAAAGAAGCAUUUCAAUGAAUCAUUUGCUGAAGUUUAGUUCCAUGUUAAUAAACAGUCAAUAGACACGCCAUGCAUGUGUGUAUCUGUCAUUAGACUGUCAUUGGAGCUCAUAUUUCAUAUGCAUGUAUGUAGUUUCCUGCUCUAGUAAAAAAAAAAAGAAAUACAAAGACUGCUAUGUAGCAUUACUGAUAUUAUUCUAUAAGCUAUCCACACUAUCUAAAUAAUGUGCAUUUAAACCACACGACUGCCAUUCACAAUCAUGUAUUCAGAUUGUGAUGAUCGUGUGAAUAGGGUAUUAGUAGCUUUACACACCAGUCUUUGUAAGUGAUCUUUACUGGAGCAGGAAACUAGCAAGUCUCAAAACAUACCAAACAUACACAUGAAAUAGGAGCUUCAAUGGCUGUGUAAUGGUAGAUACACGCAUGCAUGGCGUAUCUAUUCACUGUUUAUUAACAUGGAACUCAAUUGCAGCAAAUGGCUAAUUGCUAGGGCUGCCAGCUGUCUCUGUUUUCCCUGGAUUAUCCUGGCUUUGAGAAAGGUGUCCCGGUAAUUCAAUAUGCCUUCCCAGGACACCAAAUGCCAGCAAGUUAGAUAAAUCGGGAUACAAUAUUACUGCAAUAGACGCGCAAUAUGAAUUGGUUGUCAAUACUACAGUAGUAAUAUUAUCAGUGCUUCCUAGUGCAUGAAUAUUUCUAAAGAAAGUAUACACUUUUAACCGCCCCCUUGCACUGCCCUGUGUUGUUCGGUGGCAACCUUAUUAAUUGCAAAUUAAUUCAAUACUUUUUUAUGACAAUCCCAAUGAAGCGUUACCUCCAAAGUCAUUACACGUGUGACUAGCCUGGGAUUCUCGGAGCUUUGGCUGAAGCCCUGUUUUAUUCUGAGCACCUCAGAAUAAAACAGGGCAGUGAAGUGUCCGCUGCCACUGAUACAAAUCACAUCCCAAAUGAAAGAGCCAAGAAGGAACUGAGGUGCUAGGACUGACCAGUAAAAUCACGCAGCUUAGCGAGGUGCUGGGAAUUGAAAUUGUGUUUCUGUAAAGAUAUUAUCUUGCUGUUGUUUCAUCGGUAACACUGUACAUGAAGUGUCUCUAAUUACUGUGCAUUUACAUCGUAGUUUCUUAGUAAAUACACGUGUACUUACACGUCAUUACAAUGUUAGCAUGCAUGGUUACAAUGUAGCCACUAUGCAUGGUUACGGUGUUGCCGUUUCUUCUUCAUCUUGCAGUGCUAGAUAAGUGACCAUAGCUGGUUCACACUGAGGAGCUCCAUUAAGUGUUUGUCACUGAAUGCAUGGCUUCCAGCUUCAUAGCUGGGUACGGAUAUUCUUUACAAAGGAACUUCCAGGUCAAAUCAUUUCCUAAAAGCAGGAAAUUAAAAAAAAAAACUAAAACAAAAAAUAAUAAUUGCAACCCCCAUUUUUAUUAUUCCCUCUUUCAUUGAACCACUCAUUCUAUAAACAUCCAUUCUAGAGUCUACUGCCUUAUAGUGACACCUGCUGGGAGACUGCAGUACUGCAGCUUCUAUCCCAGCCGGCGUUUGUCAGUGCCUGCUUCUUGCUAAAUUCCGCGUCUCCAUCCUUACUAUAAAGGGCAUUAUAAAACUCGCUUGUAAAUUGAGGGUGCAGAGCAAGGUCGAAAGGCUGUAGCUUCCCAAGACUCCACUCUGUCGCUUUUAUAAAACGCAGCCUAGUGUAAAUGUUGGCAUUGUUGAGUGUGUAGCUCAAGAGGCGAGGAUGAACUGUUCUCAAUUCUUUAGAGCUCUCUGUAUCGUGUCAGGGAGCGGUGAAACAGCAUGUUACACGCAUACUGUAUAUACUACUAGAUGUUUUGAAAUAGAAGCUGCCGAUAAGUGUGCUGUGUGCGCAAGGGUUACCGCGGAGCAUCUUGUGUAAAAGUGUUAGUAGCUAACUGGGAAAAUGCACUUUAUUUUAAACAGAAAUGGCACAACCGGUUACGUAUCUGCAAAAUGAAACUAAAUAAAUAAUAAGAAUAAUAGUAAUAAUGACAAUAAUAAUAAUAAUAAUAAUAAUAAUAAUAAUAAUAAUAAUAAUAAUAAUAAUAAUAAUAAUGUCAAGCUGCACUAAGACGUUAUUACAUGUGUGUAACAGUGGGGUUUCUUUUUUCAUUGUAAUUUUUAUGGCUUCAGUUCGUUAAAAUAACUUCAGAAAUGUUGUUAAUUUUGUAUUACAUGAUGUACUGUGUCUUAAAAAAUAAAGUUGUUUUUUUCUUUUUAUAGAAGUUA